AUGAAUGGUGAAGAUGACAUGUCUGUUAAAGCUUCUAGUUUCAUGCUCUUUGGUAAGAAGAUUCCGGUGCCGGAUUAUCAUAUUCCGGCGAGUUCUCAGAUUCAGGCCAAUUCUACAACCAUGAAAUCGAAGAAUUCUUCAAAUGAUGAAGAUGAAUCAAAAGUUACUACCAACACUGUGGAAGAUACCAUGGAAACAAGCAGCAAAGAACAAGACAAAGUCCUAAAGAAGCCGGACAAGAUUGUUCAGUGUCCGAGAUGCAAAAGUUUUGACACGAAAUUCUGUUAUUUCAACAAUUACAAUGUCAAUCAGCCUCGUCAUUUCUGUCGGAGCUGUCAUAGGUAUUGGACAGCAGGUGGAACGAUGAGAAACGUUGCUGUCGGUGCAGGGAGACGGAAGAACAAGCAUAUCACUAAUGAUAAUGGUAUUGUCCUUAAAUUCGGUCGAGAAAAUGGCUCUCUGGACGAAUCAAGAACAUCGAUGCUUAACCUUAUGAACCAAAAGAGAAAUGUUGAUGCAGGUGGUGGUAACAAUUGUAGAGAAAACGGAGAUGAAGAAUCGUCGUUAUGUGUGUCUUCUGUGACAAAUGGUUUUACUCGAGGAAACGAGUUAACCGAAGCCGAACAAAAUAGGUCAAAACAGUUGCAGAGUUACCCUUCAGCUCCAUGGAUGAUUCCAGUGAAUCAAAGGUGGAACAAUUAUACUUCCAUGGUUCAAUCAUCAAUGCAGAUGUGUAACCCUUUUGGUAUUGAUCCUAAUGCAAUGCAGUGGUGUCACGCGCCGAUGGUGGCGGUUACGAACAUUUUCACACCAAACAUUGGAUUGCAAUUUGUUCCAGGAUCAUAUGGAAAUGGAAAUGGAAAUGUUUCAAUAGGCUCAAAUGGUUGCAUUUCACCUUCUUCAUCAAUUACUAGUAACAGUUUUUGUGAAGGUAAUGGUUCAACAAUCCCUAGCAAACACACUAGAGAUUCUGUUUUGAUGGAUGAAGAGAAAUCAUAA